GUCCCCCCGUCCCCCCCCUCCCGCCGGGCGGCCCCGGACCCGCCCCGGGAACGGGCGGUGCCGACAGCGCUGACAUCAGCCUGAAAAGGAGCGGGCGGUGACCGCGGCAGCGCCGGGACAGCGGGAGCCGAGCCGACACCCCUGCUGUCAUCAUGGCAAACCGAGGACCAUCGUACGGCCUCAGCCGGGAGGUGCAGCAGAAGAUCGACCGGCAGUACGACCCCGAGCUGGAGCAGAUCCUGGUGCGGUGGAUCCUGGCACAGUGCGGUGGAGAUGUCGCGCAGCCGGCACCCGGCAGGGAUGGCUUCCAGCAGUGGCUGAAGGACGGCACCGUGCUGUGCCGGCUCAUCAACAGCCUGUACCCGCGGGGCCAGGGGCCGGUGGCCAAGAUCCAGGCAUCCGCUAUGGCCUUCAAGCAGAUGGAGCAGAUCUCCCAGUUCCUGCAGGCGGCCGAGCGCUACGGCAUCGCCGCCACCGACAUCUUCCAGACCGUUGACCUCUGGGAAGGGAAGAACAUGGCGUGCGUGCAGCGGACCCUGAUGAACCUGGGCAGCCUGGCGGUGGCCAAGGGCGACGGGCUCUUCGUGGGAGACCCCAACUGGUUCCCCAAGAAAUCGCAGGAGAACCGUCGCGUCUUCUCCGAGGACAAGCUGAAGGAGGGCCAGAACGUCAUCGGGCUGCAGAUGGGCACCAACCGGGGCGCCUCGCAAGCCGGCAUGACGGGUUACGGCAUGCCCCGCCAGAUCCUCUGAGCGCCGCGCCAUCCGGCACGGCCCCCGCUUGCCGGGGGGGGAGAGGGGGGGACACCCCAACUGCCGCCCCCCCCGCCACCACGGACCAGCCGGGCGCCCCUCCCAGGUGCCCCCCCAGUUUUUUUCCAGGACCAAAGUCUUUUUUUUUUAUUAUUAUUAUUCCACUGGGUGCGUUCCCCCACUGCGCCCCCCCCAGUGCCUUGGGGGACCCCCCCGCUGUGUGUGGGAGGGCACCCCCUGCACCCCAAUAAACAGCUCCUGUUGUUUC